AUCACUGGCUAAUGUCAAUAUCUAAUCAUAAAAAAAUACAGAAAUAAAAGGACGACCAGAAAACCCAUUAUUUACAUGUGAAAUUGACAACAGCAGGCUAUCAUUCAUCAGAAAUAAUAGAAAUCGGCAUAACUAUUGGAAAAGAGCUACGGAAAAGAUACAUCAGCAGUGCACAGAACUGCACAGUGACGGAAUCUGUUAGAUUGGAAAUUGAUGAAAAUUUUACACUUUAUUUGUUCAGAUAUCUCCACGGCAUUGUGGCUCAAUUUGAUUUGAUGAUUUAUUGGCCAAAAAGCCUGUAGAAUAUUUAAUGAAUUCUGAAAAAUCAAUGUGAAAUUGAAUUGCUAUAAUAAAAAUUUCGACUGUGGAGUUUUUGGAGAUAGUAAAAUGUUUGAAUGAUAUUGAGUUCAGAAGAUUUUGUUUUUCGUGGUACAUGUACUAGAAACCAGAACAAGGAUAUUGAUUAAUGAUUAUACAAAAGAAUCACCAGACAGGAUUUUAAAGAUCGGUGAUAGCGACUAAGUUAAUAAAAACAUAAUUAUUACCAUAAUCGACCAAAAUUACAGGAAGUUAUUAAUUGUAAACAAAUUAACAAGUUGAUAUGAAUCAUUUAAAAUUCUGAUUGGAAUUCUUUUAGAAAGAAAAUUGUUAUUGAGAAAAGGAUAGAAAGGAACAAAUGAACCAUAAAAUCUAAAUAAUUUGUUUUGUGGUUUCUGGGAUUGACAUGGAUUUUUAAACUUUGACUACAAACAAACAGAAAUUUGAGAAAAAUAAACAAUUUGGACAGUGAAAAGCUUUAACUAAAGAUUUGAACGAAUCUAUUGGAUAAAAUGUGCUACGUUAUCAUAACCUGUCGAUCUUUAGGCUGGACCUUGCUCUCCAUAGCAAUUACACUGAUGAUAGUAGCAUCAGUCGUAUCCCCAUAUUGGUUAGUUGGACUUCCUACCCACCAAGUUCAGUCUGCAAAUACAAAUAAUACACAGUUUACCAUCGAAAAAUUUCGACCAACACUUGGAAUAUUUAACCGUUGCCAGAGACUAACACGAUUUGAUUACACUCUGGGCAGAGUAACGUGUGCAAAUUUUGUGACUGAUUUUAUAGCGGAAAAUGACGAUUUCCCACAUGCUUGGAAGGCCACUGUGAUAUGCUUUGCCUUAGCUGCUCUUUUACUCACUACUUCUAUGAUUAUGUCGGCGAUGAGUUUAUUUGUUCGUUCCGUCUGUGGAAAAAGUAUAUUUACUCUUGCUGGACUAAUACAGAGUAUAGCAGGUUUAUUAUGUGUGAUUGGAUUGGUUAUAUAUCCUGCUGGCUGGGGUACAGCACGGGUGAAAAGAAACUGUGGGGAAUAUGCAGAUCCAUAUAUCAUUGAUAGAUGUUCACUUGGUUGGUCAUUUUACCUGUGUAUUGUGGGCACUGUAUUAACAUUUGUGUGUUCAGUGUUAUCUAUUCAAGCAGAACAUUCCACAUCAAGCAGAAAGGUCGAGGAAGAGGUCAUGGAAGGAAAAAAUCUCAUCUGCGUCUUAUGAAUGUUUUAAUGAACAAUACAACAAGGGCAUAGUUUGAUCCAGAACAGAUGUUGUAAAUAGUGUUAUACUCUAUUCCAAAUGUUUUGUAUUGACCAGGUUAUGUAGUCCAAUUUAGUUUUAUUAGUUUGGUUGAGAUCACUUCCAGAAAGUUAUACAUAUUGCUUCCAUUUUUGUUUAAUGCUAGUAACCCUUCUUGAGCACCUGUGAUCAACACCCAGUUUUUGGUGAUGUUCAAUUUAUAAUUACUUUUCCUGGGCAUCAAAGAUCAACCAUCAGUUUUUGGUGGGGUUCAUCUUCUUUCCCGUCAAUUGCCACUGAACGUUAAACAAACAAUAAUCAUACUACUACAAGGGGAGGGGGUGAGGAUCUCCCACGGUCGAGGAUCAUAAUCAUAAUAACAAUAAUAUUUAAUACCAAGCACAUGAAGUACAAGUCAUAUUUUACAAAAUAAACUUUUUCCACAUUCUUACAAAUGAUUCUCUUCGUCCUGCAGAUGUAACUUUUAUAUUGAAGCUGAAAUAUACAAUAGAAUUACAAGGAAAAUGUUUCAAUUACUGAAGGAGCAGUUUAAUGUUCAGUUGAUUUUUUCACAAUCAGUGUAGCAAGGGAGAUAACUGUAGAUAAACAAAUAAUUAAAUGUUAAAUCUUAAUAUUUUAUCAUGUAAUCUUGGUUAUAGUAACAGGUUCGAAUUGAAACAACUUUCACACAAUUAUGCACUUAAUUUUUAAUUUAAAUUUGAAUGAGGGUCUGAGGUUAAAAUACCACAAAACAUUUAACUUUGAAAUAACCCUAGGACAAAAGCUGUUUUCAUACAAGAGAUUUGGCAAAAUUUUUGAAUUUAAAAAAAACUUUUGUUUAUUAAAAUAUUAUUUCUUCAUCAAUGAUGUUGUCUAAAAAUGAUCUACUUUCUGAACAUAAAUAUAGCAUUUGCAAUAUUAACAGCACAAUAAAAUUGACAUUUUUUUAAAUAAUUUUUUUAAACAAAUCUCUUUUAUUUCAUACUUAAAAAAUGGCAGUGUCCUUUUUUCUGUUCUUCGCUAUAAUUAUUGCAUUGGUUGCAAUGAAAUACUGUGAUUUCCCAAUAAGAUAAAGUACUUUUGAAUUGAUGUGUUCUGACACUUGUUGAAUAUUUUUCUAUAUAUGAAUUCAUUGAUUAGUAAUUCUGUAAGUUUGAACCCUGAAUAUAAAUAUGGAAGUGAUCUUGACCAUUUAGAGAAUGUCCAGUAGUUAAAGAAGUUUGUUUUAUUAAUAAGAUAUUUUUAUGAUGUAGCUUUCAUUUUAUUUUCCAUACCUGUUCAUAUUUUGACUUCUUAAAGGUCAAGUUUAAAAUCAAAGUGUCAUUUUUCCAUAUGAGGUCAAAUUGAAGUAAUGAAACAGUGAUUAUGUCAAUACAAGCUCAUGUUGGAGUACUUAAACUGACUCUUAUACAAAGUCAAGGUGAUGCAAUAACAAGAUCAAGUUGAAGUAAUCACAAGAUCAAGUUGAAGUAAUUACAAGAUCAAGAUGACGUAAUCACAAGAUCAAGUUGAAGUAGUCAAAAGAUCAAGUUGACUUUAUCACAAGAUCAAGUUGAAGUAAUCACAAGAUUAAGUUGACGUAGUCACAAGAUCAAGUUGAAGUAGUCAAAAGAUCAAGUUGCCGUUAUCUCAAGAUCAAGUUGAAGUAAUCACAAGAUUAAGGUGACAUAAUAACAAGAUCAAGUUGACGUAAUCACAAGAUGAAGUUGACGUAAUCACAAGAUCAAGUUGAAGUAGUCACAAGAUCAAGUUGACGUUAUCACAAGAUUAAGGUGACAUAAUAACAAGAUCAAGUUGACGUAAUCACAAGAUCAAGUUGACGUAAUCAUAAGAUCAAGUUGGAAGUAGUCACAAGAUCAAGUUGAGAUACCAUAAGAUCAAGUUGGAAGUAGUCACAAGAUCAAGUUGAGAUACCAUAAGAUCAAGUUGGAAGUAGUCACAAGAUCAAGUUGACGUGAUCACAAGAUCAAUUUGACGUAAUCACAAUUUUAAGUUGAAGUAGUCAAAGAUCAAGUUGAUGUAAUCACAAGAUCAAGUUGACGUAAUCACAAGAUCAAGUUGAAGUAGUCACAAGAUCAAGUUGAAGUAAUCACAAAGUUGAGUUGAAGUAUUCUAAGAUCUAACAUUCUUAGACAAAUUUGAAUUGACAAUUACAUUCAGAAAUACCUUUUCACAUUUUUAAUACAUUACUCUCACUGUCCAAGAUUUUGCUAUGAGUAACUUUACAUUUUUAGCAGUUUUCACCUGAUUUCUAUUUUGACAAUAAAAAAUAAUUUGAAAAUAUUUUAUUCCCCAGAAAUAUACGUAUUUUAAAAGAAGUUGUUGAUUGUACAUUAUAACUGGUUACCUUUAAAGGAUAUAAAGAUUAAACUGAAUAUUUAUAAGAUAAUCUAAAUCUGACUCCUUCAUUUUGUCUUUUUUUCUUCCAUAACAGAUGCCAUUCAUUUUUUUUAAGGGAAUAAAAGUAAAAUGAAUGUUUGAUGUCCGGCUGGCUCAAAAAAAUUUUGGAAGCCCUGGUUUGAUCUGUGAAAAUCAAAACAGUAGGUGAGUAAAGCCCUGCUUUUUAUAAUCAACUCCCCCUACAAAUUACUGUUUACCUAGAGGGUCCAAACUUUUAGAAUGUUUGUAUAUACAUUGAAGAUGUGAGAUCUCACCUUUUGUGUACACAAUUGGACAUAUUUUGUCUGUUUUAGCCAAUAUUUCUUGAUUGAAUGUAGUUUUCAUUUUGCUAUGUGUAGAAAUCUUUCCUAGCUACCAUUUAAUAAUAUUUUUCAUAUCAGGACUAGUAUCAUUACCAUGCAUUUCAUUGUUGCCGUUCAAAUAACAAACAAUAAGUAUUGCAACUCAACCACUUUUUUUAUUGUAAUUUUUUCCUCAUAUUUUGUCACAAUGCUUGUUCAUCCAUCAAAGCUUACAUUUUUUGUCCACAUCAUAAAACUACAAAUAUUUAUAUACUCCUUUAUUAUACAUGGAAUUAUAUUUAGUAUUUGUUAUAACGUUGUAAAUGUUUUGUUAUUGUUUAUUUUUAUUAAGAAUACUCCAUAUUUAUAUGUAAUCUACAAUGGCUUUAAGUAGCUAUUUUACGUAAUAAAAUUAUACAGAUUC